CCAAGUAGCCGCCAUAGAGGGUUAUGACAGUUUAACAGAUUAACCGACUCGUGAGCGAAUCGCGGCGCGAAGCGAUCGCGAGUCUGGAGUCUUGCAAGUUCGCGCUUCGCGUCUCCUUUGACGCGGGCCAAAUACCGACAAAAAACGGGGAAUAAGGCGCGAAGAUAUGGCGGAAGUUUCUUUGCUCAUCGACGGCCAGGUGUUUAAGGCGAAAAAAGAAGUUUUAUGCGAGCACAGCGAUUAUUUUCGCGCUAUGUUUAGCGGUAAUUAUGUGGAAAAUGACAAACAAGAAAUAUCCAUAAACAUGAUUGACGCUGACUCUAUGAAAAUAAUAUUGCAAUACAUGAACAUAGGUUUAAUUGAUCUUACAGAAUAUUCUUUAUCCACUAUUGGUGAGUUAGUAACUGCUGCAAACUUCUUACAAAUCACAGAGUUAAUUAGGCAGAUAGAGUAUACUUUGGAACUCCAAAUAUCACCAGCAAGCUGCAUGGAAAUCAUGAAUAUCGCACAGAGCUCAGCAUUUACUCAGAUAGAACAGCUAUCCGCCACAUGUGGUUUAUUCUCAUUUAAAUCCAUGAAGCCAGAGUAUAUUCCGAACUUAACCAAACUUUGCUGGUAUCUAUCACACCCAUAUUUAAAUGCUUCAAGUGAACUGGAUGUAUUUAACUUUGGUCAUAAGUGGCUUUUACAAAAUGAAACUGGUGGAGAUGCUUUGCUCAUUAUUCUUGGUUGUUUAGACAUUAAAAAGCUCAAUCUUUCUGAAAUAACACAGAUUAAAACUAGUAUGUCAGAAUACCAGAACAGCUUAGCUGCUAAAGUUGUUGACUGUCUUCACAAUUUGGCUGUUCUUGACAUGGAGUUGUCAGUAGUCUCAAUACAAUCGCAAGAAAAGAUGUUGACGCAUACAUAUACAGAGAGAGUUUACAAUGAAAUAUUGAACAUGGUUAAGGAAAGCAGAUCUAGGUCUUUAACUUAUACGCCAACGGUGCCAGUGUGGGCAAUGAAGGACUCUAAGUUGGAGAUGGUACCACACCAUAUGUAUACAUUUAGGGAAAAAGUUGGUUUUGAGAACUGGCUGGAAGUUGCGGAGAAGAAUCUGUGGGGUUGGAGCGUUGUGGGUUGGGGGCUGACGAAGAUUGUGGUUGUUUGUGGUGAACAUGGGCGAGGCACAGGUUUAUUCAUGAAGGAUGUGAAAGUUUAUGAUGUGUUGAAGAAAGAGUGGGUUCGACAUGGAGUUGAAUUGCCGGCUCGGAGACAUGGAGGAGUAGCCAUUGCAGAGGAUUUCCUUUACCUUAUUGGAGGCGUAGGUGGGUUUAGGGUAACAUUGGACACUGCAGUGGUAUACGACUUGAAACGACGCUCACAUAGGAAGAUCGCCAAACUACCGGACGCCAUACAGAACCCGGCCGUGUGCGCUCACGAAGGCACCAUAUAUGCCGCGGGACACAACAAUAUAUACAAGUACGAGGAUUUGGGAGACACAGAUCGAUGGAUAACGGUAGUGGGCACACAGAUCCGAUCGAGCUGUAUGGUGUCGUUCAAGGGCUACAUUUACUGCACGCAGAGCUACUUCAGCCACCUUUACCGCUUUAGGCCCGGAGUGGACGACAGGCUCUAUGUGGUCACACAGUUUACUAAUCCACCGGCUACUUUUUGUAACUUAGGUAAUCGUCUACUAUUCUUCACUCGCUCCAUGUGCGGUCAAGCCGACGUCCUGAACGUAGAAGAAUACCUCGGAAAUAGCACAGAAGAGAAGCCAAAAGUCAUCUGGCGACAGAGCGAGAGCGCGAUAAAGCUGAACGAUGUAGCAGGCUCCUGUUCAUUGGUGAUGUCUGUACCGCCAUUAUGGCCAGAUAGCUCGAAUUAUACUAAGAAGUAUUUAAAGAGGUAUGAAACACAGUGAAAUGUGACUGUUUAACGUUAAAGCUGUCAAAAUGUACAGUCACGUCUGAAAAUAUCAGUACGAAAAAUAUGCCAAAAAUAUGUAUAUAAAGGCAAUAAAGACGUGUAUACAUAUUUUUGGCACUUUUUUCGUAUCGAUAUUUUCAGACGUGACCGUACAUACAAUGAUAAGAAAAAAAAUGCAACUUUUAAUACAUGCCACUUGGAACUAGGCUAGGCUAUUCUCAGUUGCUCAUUUAAUAGUGUUAAUACUUACUUACUGCUAGCGACUGGAGCGAACGGCAGCAACAUUGCGCCUAAUAUUACUAGUGUAUCAGUAUACAUAUUGGAAUAUAUAUAGGGACCGUGCGCGUUGGAGGGUCUGCCAUCUUGUGGUCUGAAUUGGAACCAUAAACAGGGACAUUUACACGUCAAGUGUUUUCUUGUGCAUAGUAGAUUCUGCCAUCUUGUGGGCUACAUCGGAACAAAAAACAUCAAUUUACGCCUCGCACCAAAAAUCUGACGGCUCCUGUGCUGCCUCCUAUAGUUCAUGCACGCUCCCUAUAGGCGUUAUUUAAAUUCAUAGUGUUAUGAUGUAGAUGCAGAUGGCGCUGUACGGCUCCGUACAUUUUGCAGCGCCACCCUCCUUAUCUGUCGAACGGGGAGUACCUUUUUUCUUAGACUUGUCGCUAUAUUCGUAAUGAAUUUUUGGUAUACGUUUUUCGUUUAUAUAUUUCUUAUUUCGCAUUUUUUUUUAUUCGCCACUCGUACUUUAUUCUUGUUUGUGUUUUCGUCAUUACCUUCUUUGGUCAAAGUCUGAAACAUGUCUCCUCUAUUAAUAAAUCUUGUUCGUUUUUCGUCACGGUCUUCCCUAGACUCAUUUGUCGUCCAUUUUUUAUCUUACUUACUUAUUCGCCAAAAAUCUUUGACAUGUUCGUUUCUGGUCACAUUCGUAAUUAGUUUAUUUCGUGUUUGGUAGCAUUCUGAGUUUGUUACGUUCGUUUUUCGUCUCAGUCGCAAUUUGUGAUUAUUAUAAAUAAAUCCUUUUAUUAUUAUGAUAUCAUAUUAGAAUUCUAUACGUAUAAAUGACUAUUACAGUACAUAUGGGGCUACUUUAUAGCACUAGUGCGAGAAGUAGCAUAUUAUGUUACUGUGUCGAACAUUUAAAGGGCCAUAUGUACUGUAAAACUUUGUACGAUACAUGUGCGAAUAGGUAAUUCGCAACUCGUGUCGAUUUAAAACACUCCCUUCGGUCGUGUUUUAAUUUAUCGCCACUCGUUUCGAAUUUCCUAUUUUUCGCACUUGUAUCGUAAUGUACUAUAUUAUUCUAUAUAAACGAACGAAAUAUUUAAACCUGAGAGUCUGAGACUGAAUGACAAAGGAAAUGAAUUAAAGUAUAAAUCACUUCGUAUUUUUUUUCCUAUAUGCAUCUCUGUCGCUUGAAUAUGUAAGAGCGAUAGAGAGGUAAAUAAACUAUUUUGGAUAACGAUUGUGUCGAUGUUAAGAAUGGAAUAAACGGAUCUUGUGGGCUCAUAUUUGUGAUGACUGUUCUAGGUACUAAGUAAUAAAUAAAUAUUAAAGGACAAGUUUUGCACAGAUCCACUUAGUCCAACAGUUAGCUCAGUAAGACUUGUGCUGUGGGCAGGGAUCGGAACCGGUUUUUUGCAAAAACAUCGAAAUAACCAUAUAUUUCGGUUUAUUUUAUACUCUAAAUGUAGGACUCAGUUGUGUUUUCAGAUAACGACUUCGUAUUAUUAGAUUGCCUAAUUAGAAAUGAAGUAAUUAACGAAUAACGAAAAAAUACCGUUUUCGUUCCCAUACAAAAAAUACCGGUUUCCGAUCCCUGGCUGUGGGUACUGCGUUCUAGACGACGAUAUAUUCAAUCAGCUUAUUUUCUUUACAAUAACUGUAUAACAUAACGGAUAUAUUAGAGCCUAAAUCAUCCUCGUCGCCAAUGUGUAAAAGGGGAACUACAUGGGAAAUACUUUCGGGAUAGCAGGAUAACAUUGAAAAUACGUGCUUGUAAAACAAUAUGUAAUCAAGGAAUGAAUAUCGAAAUAAUAGACACAUGUCAUGUCAAACCGAAGACUUAAUCAACCUACAUGCAUAAUACAACACAUAUAUUUAUUCAUUUAUUUAAACUUUAUUGCACAAAUUCGCAAAAAGAGUACAAAUGGCGGACUUAACACCUUGAGGCAUUCUCUACCAGUCAACCAUUGGGCUAAACAUGUAACCGGAACUCAAUUUUUAACUCCUACGCUUACUCUGGUUAUAAUAUUAGCUGAAAAUCUUUGAGCAAUAGACUUAUUGUUUGCCGCGACAUCUAUGGUCGAUUAGCAGUACUGAGAGUUCCAAUGCUUGACGCUAGAUGUAGACUACGAAAAUAAUAGUAUUUUUGGUAACAAAACCGUUGUAUGGAGUGAGCACUCUUGGUCUUCUUAAUUCUCUUUGCUCCACAGUGUGGACUGUGGAAAACAUUGACGUUUCGUUGGGACGACAUCUUGAUACUAUUUGUCAGCUGUCAAAUAUGUAAUGUAACUAAUGUAUAAUCUUGGAGGAUUUAACAAUUGGAGACACCUUAUCUGUAAUUUUCUGUACAAAACAGUCUGCCGAUUUUUGCGGGGGAGGGGCACGUCAAAACGUACAAAUAGCCGUGUCAGAUAACGUCAGCCCAUACAAUACAUAUGGCUAUUGGCCGAGGUUAGAGGGGUAGCUCUUAGAGGCGACUGUUAAAUUCGACAAGUGUGCAAUUCGCUACAGUCAUGCACAAAACAAAUAUGCACGCACAAACAUAAAAAUGUCUGGAAGUAUGUGUGUUUUUUAUGAUAUAGUAGACAAACGAGCAGACGAAUCGCCUAAUGGUAAGCGAUUACCGCCGCCCAUGGACUCCCGCAACAUCAGAAGGGUUGUAAAUGGGUUGGGGUCUUGGGGAGGAGCGCGCACUUAUAAAAUGGUUUAUCUCUAUGCGAUGAAAACAGUAACGUGUGACUUCUGUUCACAUAACAUUGUUCUUAGCAUGUUUGUAAAUUUAUGUAAAUAAAGAAAUAUAAACUUA